AAGAAGAGAAAAAGGGAAUCAUGAUGGAACUCACGAUCCAACUCAUCCCAACGGGGGAAAUCAUCCUUUCCCCGGGGAAAAAUGGAGAAAACUACUGCCACAGCUGCAAGGUGGUGGCUAGUGACGGGGUGCGGGCUAUGAUGGAGUCGGCCCUGACAGCCAGAGACCGGGUGGGCGUGCAGGACUUUGUCCUGCUGGAGAACUACACCAGCGAGGCCUCCUUCAUCGAGAACCUGCGCAAGCGCUUCAAAGAGAGCCUCAUCUAUACUUACAUCGGUUCAGUGCUGGUGUCAGUGAACCCGUACAAAGACCUGGAGAUCUACACCAAGAACCACAUGGAGCGAUACCGCGGGGUCAACUUCUACGAGGUCUCGCCGCACAUCUACGCCGUGGCAGACAACUCGUACCGCUCCAUGAGGACGGAGAGGAAGGACCAGUGCAUCCUGAUCUCCGGGGAGAGUGGAGCCGGGAAGACGGAGGCGUCCAAGAAGAUCCUGCAGUACUACGCCGUCACCUGUCCGGCCAGCGAGCAGGUGCAGACCGUCAAAGACCGGCUGCUGCAGUCCAACCCCGUGCUGGAGGCCUUCGGCAAUGCCAAGACGUUGCGUAACGACAACUCAAGCCGCUUUGGCAAGUACAUGGACGUUCAGUUUGACUUCAAGGGCGCCCCGGUGGGAGGCCACAUCAUCAACUACCUGCUGGAGAAGUCCCGCGUGGUCCACCAGAACCACGGCGAGAGGAACUUCCACAUCUUCUACCAGCUGAUCGAGGGAGGGGAGGAAGACCUGCUGAGACGCCUGGGCCUGGAGAGGAACCCCCAGCAGUACCAGUACCUGGUCAAAGGUAACUGUCCCAAAGUGAGCUCCAUCAACGACCGCAGUGACUGGAAGGUGGUGAGGAAAGCGCUGAGCGUGAUCGGCUUCAACGAGGACGACGUGGAGGAGCUGUUGAACAUAAUCGCCAGCGUGCUCCACCUGGGGAACGUGCAGUACGGCGGGGAGGAGGGAAACGCCUGCAUCACCUCCGACACGCAGAUAAAGUACCUGGCCAGGUUGUUAGGAGUGAAUGGAGCAGUGCUGACGGAGGCGCUCACACACAAGAAGAUAAUCGCCAAGGGAGAGGAGCUGAUGAGCCCUCUGAACCUGGAGCAGGCGUCGUCAGCUCGAGAUGCUUUGUCCAAGGCCGUGUACGGACGCACCUUCACCUGGCUGGUGAACAAGAUCAACACCUCACUGGCAUACAAGGACGACUCCUAUAAGAAUUACUCUGUCAUCGGCCUGUUGGACAUCUAUGGCUUUGAGGUCUUCCAGCACAACAGCUUUGAGCAGUUCUGCAUCAACUACUGCAACGAGAAGCUGCAGCAGCUCUUCAUCGAGCUCACCCUCAAGUCCGAGCAGGAGGAGUACGAGGCUGAAGGCAUCACGUGGGAGCCGGUUCAGUACUUCAACAACAAGAUCAUCUGUGACCUGGUGGAGGAGAAGUUCAAAGGCAUCAUCUCCAUUCUGGAUGAGGAGUGUCUUCGGCCCGGAGACGCCAGUGAUAUCACCUUCCUGGAGAAGCUGGAGGACACGGUGGGAGGACACCCACACUUUGUCACUCACAAGCUGGCCGAUGGAAAGACCCGGAAGGUGAUGGGCCGUGACGAAUUCAGACUGCUGCAUUACGCAGGAGAGGUCAACUACAAUGUUAACGGAUUUCUGGACAAGAACAACGACCUGCUCUUCAGGAACCUAAAAGAGGUCAUGUGUAUGUCGGAGAACAAGAUCCUGACCCAGUGUUUUGACCGGGAGGAGCUGAGUGACAAGAAACGCCCAGACACAGCAGCCACCCAGUUCAAAGCCAGUCUGGCGAAACUCAUGGAGAUCCUCAUGUCCAAGGAGCCGUCGUACGUCCGCUGCAUCAAGCCCAAUGACUCCAAGCAAGCAGGUCGGUUCGAUGAGGUGCUGAUCCGUCACCAGGUCAAGUAUCUGGGACUGAUGGAGAAUCUGAGGGUGAGGAGGGCCGGCUUCGCUUACAGACGACGCUACGAGGUCUUCCUGCAGAGGUACAAGUCGCUGUGUCCCGACACGUGGCCGAACUGGCAGGGGAAACUGGCGGACGGAGUGGCCACACUGGUCAAACACCUGGGAUACAAGCCGGAGGAGUACAAACUGGGCAGAUCCAAAAUCUUCAUCCGUUUCCCGAAGACCUUGUUUGCCACCGAGGACGCUCUAGAGACCAGGAAACACAGUCUUGCCACCAAGCUGCAGGCGGGAUGGAGAGGCUACAGCCAGAAGACCAAAUACCAGAAACUCAGAACUUCAGCUAUCGCCGUCCAGGCCUGGUGGAGGGGCAUCCUGGCCAGGAGGAGGGCCCAGCGCAGGCGUCAGGCCGCGGAUACUAUUCGCAGGUUCAUCAAGGGCUUCAUCUACCGCCACAAGGAGCGCUGCCCCGAGAACGAGUACUUCCUGGAUUACGUUCGCUACUCCUUCCUCAUGAACCUGCACAGGAACCUGCCGAAGAACGUCCUGGACAAAACCUGGCCGACACCUCCAGCUGCUCUCUCUGAGGCGUCAGAGCAUUUGCGUAAGCUGUGCAUGCAGAACAUGGUGUGGAGCUACUGCAAGAAGAUCAGCCCCGAGUGGAAGCACCAGAUGGAGCAGAAGAUGAUCGCCAGCGAGAUCUUCAAGGACAAGAAGGACAACUACCCACAGAGCGUUCCCAAACUGUUCGUCAGCACGAGACUCAACGGCGAGGACAUCAACCCCAAGGUGCUGCAGACUCUGGGCGCUGAGAAGAUGAAGUACGCAGUGCCAGUCACCAAGUACGACAGGAAAGGAUACAAAGCUCGACCCCGUCAGCUGCUGCUCACCGGAAACAGCGCCGUUAUCAUAGAGGAGGCCAAACUCAAGCAGCGCAUCGAGUACGGAGCCCUGAAAGGGAUCUCCGUCAGCUCCCUCAGCGACGGCCUGUUCGUUCUGCACGUGCCCAGUGACGACAACAAACAGAAGGGAGACGUAGUUCUGCAGAGCGACCAUGUGAUCGAGACUUUAACCAAGAUCGCGAUCUGCGCCGAGAAAAUCAACAGCAUCAACAUCAACCAGGGCAGUAUAAAGUUUACAGUGGGUCAGGGGAAAGAGGGGAUCAUAGACUUCACACCCGGAUCAGAACUACUGGUGGCCAAGGCUAAGAAUGGACACUUGUCUGUGACGGCUCCCAGACUGAACUCAAGAUGAUGGCCACACACACACAACACACACACAACACACACGCCCACACGCCAGGAACCUACGUACUCCUGACCUCUCCCAUCCUCCAAUCACAUGACUGCAGACCCCCGCUCUGCCUAAGCCAAUCAGAUGCCAGCUGUCACUCCACAGGUGGCAUGUGCUUCCAAUUAAAAAAAACAAAAAACAAAAAACAAAACAAAAAAAAAAAUCCAGCAAAACUAAUUGAUAUAUUUAUGUUUAUAUAUUAUAUUUUUGGGAUUAAUACUGUUGCUGUUUGAAUAUUCUGAUUUUAUAUACAAGGCCAAGGAAUAACAAAUAUUGUGGUGCAUUUUUCUUGCACCGUGUGUGUUCAUUGUGCUUUAUUCGGGAACAUGACCAACAAAUUUAUGAGGGAAGAUUCAGAAUUAGAGACAACAAUGAGAAAAAGAUAAAUCAGGGUGGGUUGUUGCUUGUUGCCUCUUUUUUUCCCCCUGUUUACUUUCUCUGCUCGACUAGAAGACUUGAUUGUCUUGCUGACCCUUAUUUUUCUAACUGGGGCGAAUGGCUUGUUAUUGAAGCACGAAGGUGUGUAGAACAAGGCUGACAGUAUGUAGGAUAUCUGUUGAGAGGGUCGGGGACGAGGAAGAGUAACUUUUCAAUCAAAUGGUGUUACGACUGGCUCUCUAAAUCAAAAUAAAUAGCUGGAUAUACUACUGAAUAUAAUUCAAAAAUCUGCACUCGUAUAGUGUUUGAAUUAGAAGAAAGCUGAUCACUGCAUUAAAUAAUCAGCUUCUGUAAACGCAGCAAAAAAAUGAACAAAGUAAGUGAAGGGAGCGUGCGAGGAAAAGGGCGAGAGAAAGGUGAGAAGAAAGACGAGAGAACGCAGCGGUCAUUUGCCUCGACACCAGGUGCUUGUGCCUUCCUCCUUUGACUAAUUUAUUCCUAUUGAUUUAGUUCCAGAGCUGUAUGUACAUUGACGUUUAAAACUCAACCAUGACACUCAACACAAGAAUGAGUCGAGUUCAGUGUAGAUAGAAACCCGCCAUCCUCUGAGCAGCCGCCUGCACGGUCGACCUCCAUUGUUCAGAACCACAUACUGAGAAAGCCCCAGCAUCUCUCUCUCUCUCUCUCUCUCUCUCCCUCCGUCUGUAGUUGAUUCCUCUCUUCCCAUUAUCUUCAGCUGCCUGCUUUCUGUCUUAGAGAAGAUUAGCUUUUGUCACUCUGCGACUGAAGUGGUGGGAUGGCUGUCUCUGAUCAAUAUUUUUGAAUUAAUUUCACCAAAAAGCCAUUAUUUCUUUUGUUGUUAUAUCAUAUAUCUCUCCAUUUUUACUAUUAGACAGGAUUGAGACCAUAGUGUGGGACUAAAACUCACAAUUUGAAGCCAUAUUAAAUCUGGAUUUAGCUAAAGUGCUUGCUACAGCCAAAAGCAGUGGUUUUAGAUUGAAGCUGCUAACAGCUGUGUGCCUAGAUAAACUUUAACUUUUGUGAAAGGAAAUAGUUUUACAUUUAGGGAAAUAAACUUAUUGGUUUUAUUGCUGAGAGCUAGAUGAGACGUUUGAUACCACUCUCAUGUUUAUGCGCUAAGUAUGAAGCUAACAGUCAGGAGAUGGCUAGCUUAGCUUUGAGGAAAAACUGCUAGCUUGGCUCUGUGAAAAUGUCUUAAAAAAAAAACAACACAGUUUUGUUUUUUGUACACAUUAAACAAACAA